CCCUAGCCAGGAUGCAUUGUUUCACAUCCUCAAUUCGAUACUAACGCAGCAUAUGGAGAAUCCAGCACAGAAAUUUGACAAAUCUGUUAUAAGCCUUUGCGAAAACAUUGUCACCACGGCUAUCGCUCUGCACUUAAAAGUGGCUUCUACCUUUCUACCUACUGCUAUUAAGUUCCAUUACAACUUUAAUUUACGUGAUAUAGCAAACAUAUUUACGGGUGUGCUAUAUGCCAACAUCGAGACCUGUCCGAAUUCCAAUCAAAUGAUCCGACUGUGGAUUCAUGAGUGUUACCGAGUAUACGGCGACAAGCUUGUGGACUAUACUGAUAUAAGCAGCUUCAAAAAGAUUUUUACUGAUGUCGUUCGCAAAGGCAUUGAAGGCCUCAACGAUGAAGUGAUCUACGCCCAGCCACUUAUUUACUGUCAUUUUGCAAAAGGAUUGACAGACAUUAAGUAUAUGCCUAUUACAGGGUGGGAUCGAUUAAAAAGUCUAUUAGACGAAGCACAAGACCGUUAUAACGAUUACGUUGGCGCCAUGAACUUGGUCCUUUUUGACGAUGCAAUGUCACAUGUAUGUCGCAUAAGCCGCAUUCUUGAAUCAUCCAGGGGUUACGCUCUUCUAAUCGGCGUCGGAGGAUCGGGAAAACAAAACUUGACUCGUUUGGCUUCAUUUAUCUCUUCAUUAGAUGUGUUUCAGAUACAGCUAACAAAAGAUUACAGCGUUAGUGAUCUCAAGGCAAAUAUUGCUACCUUGUACUUAAAAGCUGGCGUCAAGACCAGUGCCUGUUGCUUUCUGAUGACGGACUCUGAGGUAGCUCGCGAGCAGUUCCUAGUGCUUGUGAACGAUCUUCUCGCCUCAGGUGAUAUACAUGAACUGUUUCCCGACGACGAGGUAGAGAAUAUUGUUAACGCAGUGCGCAAUGAGGUAAAGCAGCUUGGUAUCGUAGACAAUCGUGAGAAUUGUUGGAAAUACUUUAUCGAAAAGGUGCGCAGCUUGCUUAAAGUCGUUCUCUGCUUUUCGCCGGUAGGAGCUACUCUUCGUGUCCGCUCUCGAAAGUUUCCUGCCCUAGUAAACUGCACCACUAUCGACUGGUUUCACGAGUGGCCACAGCAAGCAUUGGAGUCUGUUUCAAUUAGGUUUCUGUCGGAUAUAACAGUAUUACCGAAAGAACUGGCGUAUCCGGUAUCUAAUUUCAUGGCGUUCGUUCACAAGACCGUGAAUGAUAUCUCCAAGCUUUAUUUAGCUAAUGCCAAGAGAUACAAUUACACCACUCCAAAAUCUUUUCUGGAAUUAAUAGCACUCUAUUCAAAGCUGCUUCACGAAAAAGUGAAAGCCAAUCUUGACCGCCGUUUGCGUUUGGAAAAUGGUCUAAUAAAACUAGCAAGCUGUACAAAGGAGGUAGACGCCCUACAGGACGUUUUGAAGGUCCAAGAGGUUGAGCUUAAGGUUAAAAAUAAAGAAGCAGACAACCUAAUUAUAGUUGUAGGAACUGAAAACGAAAAGGUAUCCAAGGAAAGAGCAUUCGCCUCAAAGGAGGAAAAGAACGUUCGUCAAAUUGAGGAAGAUGUCACUGCCAAGGCUAAACUCUGCGAGGAAGAUUUUCUUAAAGCACAACCUGCACUAUUAGCUGCUCAGGAAGCCCUAAAUACGCUUAACAAAAACAACCUAACAGAACUUAAGAGUUUCGGAUCGCCACCUGAUGCCGUGGUUAGUGUUUGUGGUGCAGUUUUGGUGCUUUUUGCCAGCAAAGGAAAGAUCCCGAAGGAUCGCAGCUGGAAAGCGUGCCGCGUUUUGAUGGGAAACGUUGAUAAAUUUCUUGAUAAUUUGAUAAACUACGACAAGAAGCACAUUCAUCCGGACAUUAUUAAGGCUCUUCAACCCUAUAUUCAGGACCCGGAGUUCAGCCCUGAAAAGAUUCUUGCAAAGUCAUCGGCGGCAGCCGGUCUUUGCUCUUGGGUCAUUAAUAUCAAUCGGUUCUAUGAAGUGUAUCUUAUUGUGGAGCCAAAGGAGCGAGCUCUUUUGGAGUCAGAGAAGGAGCUUAAAGAUGCUCGUGAUAAAUUGACUGCGCUCAAUCAAAAGCUGACCGAGCUGGAGGAGCAGUUAAAUGCGUUGCAAAUGGAAUACGAUGAAGCCCUAGCUGAAAAACAAAAAUGUCAGGACGAGGCUGAUAAGACUGCAUUUACCAUAGACAUAGCUAAUCGUUUAAUUGGUGGGCUGGCUACCGAAAAAAUACGUUGGAUGGAGUCCGUCAAAAGUUUAACUUCUGGUAUUCAACAACUACCUGGUGACAUUCUUAUUAUCUCCUGCUUCAUUUCUUAUGUUGGGUGCUUCACCCGUGCCUAUCGGCAGGAGUUGCAAGAAAAAAUGUGGAUGCCUGCAUUCAAGAAUAGUCAGCCCCCCAUACCUUCCACGGAUGGAGUCGAUCCCUUUGAGAUGAUCUGCGAUGAUGCACAAAUAGCUGAGUGGAACAACCAGGGACUGCCAAGCGACCGAAUGUCAGCGGAAAAUGCUGCCAUCCUGGUGCAGUCGGAGAGGUAUCCGCUCAUGAUCGACCCUCAGCUUCAGGGCAUUAAAUGGGUCAAGACAAAAUAUGGAGCUGGCCUCGUUAUUCUACGACUUUCGCAGCGCAAUUAUCUUGAUCAAGUAGAGCGAGCUGUCAGCAAUGGAAGCGUUUUACUUAUUGAAAAUAUUGGCGAAAACGUUGAUCCGGUUUUAAAUCCGCUUCUUGGUCGCCAGUUGAUCAAGAAAGGCACUGUUUUAAAGAUUGGAGAUCGCGAAAUAGAUUUUAAUUCCAAGUUUCGACUCAUUCUGCAUACUAAGCUGGCAAACCCACACUAUAAGCCUGAAAUGCAGGCACAGACUACACUUAUUAACUUUACUGUGACACGAGAUGGUCUUGAGGAUCAGCUGUUAGCAGAAGUCGUAAAGGUAGAGCGCCCCGACCUGGAGGCCAUGCGCACCCGUUUAACCCAACAGCAGAAUCACUUCAAAAUAACCCUCAAGUUUUUGGAAGACGAUCUGCUGGCCCGCCUGUCUUCUGCUGGUGACAAUGUUCUCGAAGACGUGACUCUGGUAAUGAAUCUAGAAAAGACGAAAAAAACGGCCGAUGAAAUCGAAGUUAAAGUGGCUGAGGCUAAGAUAACUGGUGUUCAAAUAGAUUCAGCACGAGAGGCCUACCGACCAGCAGCCGAACGCGCUUCUAUUAUAUACUUUAUUCUAAACGAUUUAUUUAAGAUAAAUCCUAUUUACCAAUUCUCAUUAAAAGCAUUUACUGUGGUGUUCAACAAUGCAAUGCUAAAAGCACCGCCAGCUGAGAAGCUAAAAGAUCGCGUCGAGAAUCUCAUAGAUUCCAUCACCUUUUGCAGCUUUGUUUACACCUCUCGUGGUCUAUUUGAGCAAGACAAGCUUAUUUUUCUCACACAAAUGUGUAUUCAGAUCCUCGUGAAUGCUGGUGAAGUGGAGCCUACCGAACUCGACUUUCUACUACGCUUUCCUUACAUGCCUAAUCAAACUUCAAACUUUUCUUGGCUAACUCAUGUGGGGUGGGGCGGCGUACGAGCGCUAAACAACCAGGCAGCAUUUAAAGGCCUAGAAAAAGACAUUGAGGGUUCGCACAAGCGAUGGAAAAAGUUCGUAGACUCUGAGAGUCCAGAAAAUGAAAAAUUUCCAGGAGAAUGGAAGGGAAAGUCUGCUAUUCAAAGACUCUGCAUAAUGCGUUGCAUACGUCCUGAUCGAAUGUCAUACGCAAUGCGAUCUUUUAUUGAAGAAAAGCUUGGUUCAAAAUAUAUUGAUGCGCGAUCAAUGGAAUUCGCAAGGACUUUUGUUGAAUCUAGCCCCGAAACUCACAUGUUUUUUGUUCUCUCCCCUGGUGUAGAUCCACUAAAGGAUGUGGAAAAGUUAGGAAAGAUAUUGGGUUUUAGUUUUGACCAUGAAAACUUUCAUAGUGUAUCGCUUGGUCAAGGUCAGGAAAUUGUCGCCGAAAACGCCAUUGAGACUGCUUCACAGUAUGGCCAUUGGGUCAUUUUGCAAAAUAUUCAUCUGGUCGCUCGAUGGCUCCCCAGUCUAGAAAAGAAGAUGGAGUCUGCUUUAAGUAAUGCAAAUACAAACUAUCGUCUCUUUCUUAGUGCUGAGCCCGCUGGUGACCCUGCCGCGCAUAUCUUGCCACAAGGAAUACUUGAGUCAGCAAUAAAGAUAACAAAUGAACCGCCCACAGGAAUGAUGGCCAACAUUCAUAAAGCAUUGGACAAUUUUAGUGACGAGACGCUCGAAAUGUGUUCGAAAGAGACGGAAUUUAAGGCGAUUCUUUUCUCCCUGUGCUAUUUCCAUGCUGUGGUAGCCGAGCGUCGCAAGUUUGGUCCGCAGGGCUGGAACCGAAGCUAUCCAUUUAACGUAGGUGAUCUGACAAUAUCAGUUUAUGUGUUGUACAACUAUCUCGAGGCCAAUACACGAGUACCCUGGGAAGACCUGCGAUAUCUUUUUGGAGAGAUUAUGUAUGGAGGCCACAUUACGGAUGACUGGGACCGUCGUUUAUGCCGCACGUAUCUGGAGGAAUUUAUGCAGCCAGAGCUUAUUGAUGGAGAGCUACAAUACUGUCAAGGCUUCCCAGCACCAGGUAUUUUAAAGUAUGCUGGGUACCACCAAUAUAUAGACGACAACCUUCCCUCUGAAAGUCCCUCUCUUUACGGCCUACACUCUAAUGCAGAAAUCGGGUUUCUGACUACUGUUUCAGAACGGCUUUUUCGAAUUGUUUUUGAGUUGCAGCCACGAAUGGCAGGCGGCUCCGGCGGCGGAGGCGAGUCCGUUUCGCAGGAGGAUAUCAUAAAAGGCAUAAUUGAAGAUCUGCUGGAUAAAACUCCGACCCCGUUUAACAUUUUGGAACUCAUGGGUCGUGUCGAGGACCGCAGUCCAUAUAUAAUUGUCGCAUUUCAGGAGUGCGAGCGAAUGAACAAUCUUAUGAGUGAACUAAAGCGCUCUCUGAAUGAGCUGGAUCUGGGCCUUAAGGGUGAGCUUACAAUCUCAUCUGUUAUGGAGGAUCUAAUGCUGUGUCUGUACAUGGAUCAAGUGCCAGAGCAGUGGACCAAGUUAGCUUACCCCAGCAUGUUGGGCUUGCAAUCCUGGUUCUCUGAUUUAUUGUUACGGCUGCGGGAGCUGGAGGGUUGGGUGGCGGACUUUCGCAUGCCCUCAUCUAUCUGGCUCGCAGGAUUCUUUAAUCCCCAGUCGCUUCUCACAGCUAUAAUGCAACAGACAGCCCGUAAAAAUGAAUGGCCCCCUCGAUAGAAUGUGUCUCAAUUGUGAUGUUACCAAGAAGUGGAAGGAAGAGUUUACGUCUGCACCACGUGAGGGAGCCUUUAUCAACGGCCUUUUCAUGGAAGGAGCCCGAUGGGACAUUAAAAUGGGAACAAUUGCUGAUGCCUUCCUGAAAGAAUUGUUCCCAGCAAUGCCUGUUGUUUACAUUAAGGCAGUU